AAAAAAGACAAGAGCUUCACCUUUCACGCCUUACAAGGUAGCUAUACAUACCUAGAAGGAAGCCCGCCCGGUGAAAAUCGUACGAUCUCACCAAUCAAAAGCCUCGAGUUUUUAUCGCUUCUGAAUAUCUCCAAUUGCAUCUCUCACCGUCACCUUCACAAGCAGCACUUUCACGGACCACAAAGGUCUCGACGUCAUCAACUCUCCUCUCCGCAGACACAGACCGGCGCCCCGGUCGACAAUGCCAGCAGGAUGGCGACGCACGACAAGAUGAAGAGCGCCGAGGCCGACGACGCCGCGUGGGAAGCUACCCGGGGAGCCUUCAUCGGCGCCGCGAGAUGGGGUCUCGGAGCCGCCGUCGUGGGUGCCUUUGCGUACAAGUUCUCGCCGCUGUACAAGGGCCUCACCAUUCAGUUCAAGAUUUAUAUGCAAAUGUCGGCCAUGGUGCUGGGAAGCAUGCUGGAGGCGGACAACAGGUUACGAGAGUACGAGGCCCGCGUCAGAUUGCAGAAGCGCUUUCUGAGGGAUAGGGCCAAGUGGGAGAGAUUUGAGCGGGAAUUUUAUGAGGAUCCUAACGAGAAGAAAUGAACGGUAACCAUCACAGGCGAUUGAAACCGAAAUUGAACACUCUCAAUAGGACGAAAGUUGAUCUCAAGCUGUAUUCCAUAGUAUUGUAUAACAUGGGACAUUCACAUCCUUUACUUUUUGUUUUUCG